GGUAAUACCACCGACUUCCACAUGGAUUUGCUUGAUUUCGUUCUCGUUUUGUGCCCUUUUGUUGUUGACAGCUAGCUGGUUAGCAGCUCCUCUGCUUCCGGUAUGGGUGGAGAAGGGUGGCAACGGUUGCUUAGUACUGCGCGCGCGCGAGUGACGUGUGAUUGGUGUGAUUGUUGUCACAUGACGCAGAAACAGGAAGCGAGUUGCUGAGUUUGUCAAAUGCAUAACAGAGAGGAACAUUGUGAUCUUCUGCACCUUAACAUGCUUUUAUGUUAACAUUGAAGUCACAGAGUAGUCUGUACAUUGAAGACUGGACAAAUGAGUGUGCGUGCUUUGUGGAUUAUCUCUCAGGUGAAGGGAGAGAAUGUAUCAAUACGCUUUACAAGGAGGUUUGCUACUGUGGAGCAUCGUGCAAAGAGCCUGGCAGGUUCCUCAUACACAGCAGUCCCAGAAGACAACGCUGUGCUGCACCUCCUGCUCACUGAGUUAGGUCUUUCAGACUCAGACAAGUCCUAUGUAGCUCUCAGAGAUGAUUGCCUUCAUCGUCAGCGAUCACCAGCCAUGGAGCUGCGUGUGGACGGUACUGGAAAGGGAACACUUUGGCCAGUGUUGGCCAUCUCACAAGGGCCUCUUACCCUAGCUUGCCUGCCUUUAGUGGAUGCCCCUGCUGAGCCACGGCCACCCCUUGCCAGCCUUCUCUCUGUCUCCCAGGGCCUCACACUCUUGGCAGGUCUGCAGACUUUUCUUCUUGGCUCUGGGGGUAAGCCUGAUAGCGAGGGGCUGGCCUCUCGCCUGGCGAUGCUGCCCUCUAUACUCUUGCAGGUUUGUCCACUUGGCACACCCCUGGAUGUGCCACUACUGGGGGCACCUGCUACACCCACAGUGCCCACUCCCACUGGGAACCAGAAGCAGCCAGCCUGGAAGACGGGGCUCCACCGCGGUCGAGCUGUGGUGAACGUAGCACUGAUGGAAACAGUGCGCUCCAUGCAGUAUGGUAACCAGGGCGGACAGGACCUGUGGGAUGUUUAUGGCACUGUGACAUGCAAAUGUGAAGUGGAAGGGGUGCUCCCAAAUGUGACAGUGACCCUCACACUGCCACCAAAUGGUUCUCCACUACAGGACAUCUUGGUCCAUCCUUGUGUCACCUCACUGGAUUCUAGUAUCCUGACUGCCAGCAGCGUGGAUAACUCUGAUGGCUCGGCCUUCUCUGGGCCAUAUAAGUUCCCCUUCUCUCCUCCUCUGGAGCCAUUCAGACUAUGCAGCUAUACAUCUCAGGUCCCUGUUCCCCCUAUUCUCGGUUCAUAUCAACUGAGGGAAGAAGAGAACCAGCUGCGUGUGUCAGUAACCCUCAAACUUCACGAGAGUGUGAAGAACAGCUUUGAGUACUGUGAAGCACACCUGCCAUUCUUUAACAGGGAUCAGAUGGGUGUUGUGGAUGUGAAGGUGAGCUCCGGACAACUGGAUGUUUCAAAGGAGAAGAACCUGCUGGUCUGGGGCCUGGGACAAAAGUUCCCUAAAUGUCGUGAGGUCACAAUGGAGGGCAAAAUCAUCUUUUCUGGGCCGACACCAGGACCUACUGACCCCCUUUGCACAGAGCUUACAGCCUAUAUUAAAUUGUAUUUCAAAGUGCCUGACAUGACGCUCUCUGGGUGCUGUGUGGACCAGCAUUCAGUGCAGGUUUAUUCCUCUGCCAAACAACGGAUUAUAACAUCCCGAGAACUUCAAUCCAAAGAGUACUUCAUAUGGAAUUCAACAGGAAUGGCUCCGGUAUCCUCUGGGCAGAUGAUGCUGUAGCAUGGCUACAUUGAGAGCAGCUCGGUGGAAAGGUGCUCAGUUCACUAUACUGUAACAGGACUGUCGAGCACAUACUGUACAGUGAUCCAGACUGGAUGUGUGAAAACUUUUUACUAUCCUGUUGUUACUGCAGAGCUCACAAAUGAUGUAAAAUCUACUAAUUAUUUUGACUGCUAUCUAAAUUUUCUAUGUUAUCGAUUAUUUACAUGUUAAAGAUUGAAUAAUAUUGCUUUUAUUCAGUACAGUUCACAAUUUGCAGAAGUAUUGAUUUUGUUGAUAGAUGGCGCUUACAAAAAAAACCUGCCCCUGUAGUUAAACUUCUUUUAUCCCCCAACCUUCACCCUCCCCUCAAAUUUAUCCCAUUGCAGACACAAGGGCCACCCCUCGCUCUGACAGUCCCACUUCAGUGACUCUCCAUCAGCCGGAUAAUUAGCAGCUGGGGCCUUGUCAUCAGCUGUUGUGGGCCUGGAGGAGAGGGGCGGCUGGGCUGUGAAAGGCCUGGCUGCUCUGGCCAGUGUCUUGGCUACAAAAGGCUCCUCUUUUAGAGCUGGCAGGAGUCCUUGCCCCCUCCACCAAUCACUCCCCCACCCCUUUUGACCCCAUCCCCGCCCUGUCAACUAGUGGCUAGUUCAAACACUCAACCUUUCCAGCCAGACUGUGAUUGAGCGCUGACCCUCUGGCCCUCUGAGACUUUAAAGCAGCCGGUCCUAUUCAGCGAGCAGGACCUGCCUAAUUGGUGAAAAAGUCACAAGGAUGGAAGUGGUUGGGGCGCCUCUUGAGGUUGCGUAGGUGCUUUAACUUAAUUAAUGUAAAAUAUUUGAUCUCUAUUGUUGUAACACAAGUGUCAUAGACAUCCUUUUAUAAUCAAUACAUAAUUAUAAAGAAAUUAGUUAAAGAAGGGAAUGUAGUUCCAGAUGUUUCUCACUGUUUACUAUUAUUUUUACCUGAACUAUGAUGGGUUUCAUUCUACAAUGCAAACUCCACCUCAGUAUAUUAAGUUAAAUGAAUAACCAGCCGAUGAAGGGUUAAACCAGAGGAGAUUGUGCCCCACUAUUCCACAGCAGCCAGACUCCUCUGAGUGCCCUCAUUGUCUGCUGUUGGCCUCUUGUGCCCCUUGCUGGUCCAAAUGCUACAUUCUCACGUGGAUUUCCACUCAAAAGGCUGACCAUGACCAAUCCUCUGUCAAUUGGAACCAAUUGCUCACACGGCAUCCUUCACCUUCUUUUUAUGUAGCGGUACGGAGUGGCAGACACCGAGACCUCUCGGCUCUCCCCCUCCACGACGAUUUGGCUUUAAGGCCCAGUGUGUGUGGCUA